AUUCGCGGGGCGCAUUCACCAAGAUGCAUGGUGCACGAUGCACCGCAUUGAAGAUGAAGAGGGCUAGUCCUACCUGACAAGAAAUAGCUCCUGAGUCCCUGCUGGAGACCAAGUACUGGAACGUACCUACCCCUCACUUUCAGCUUCCAGUUUGCAAGGUGACACGCCGCACUGGUUAGCGUGCCGAUCACAAUCAUCUCAACCCCUGCUGGGUCCCUUGCAAUGAUCAACGUAUGCCACCUUGGCACUUCGGCAUUCCCUCCGAACGCAUUCUUAGGAGAGAGGCACCUUCUGCUUGCCCAUGUACCAGCUAGACAAGAUUUCAGAACGCACAUCCUCCCAUUCUUCCACCAAUGCAAGGCUCCUUCGUCCUCAACUCUGAUGCAUUCGCUGCAUUCAGUUGCAUCGGAGGCUUGAUGGUCUUUUCAGCGGAGACGUACACGCUCUGGGCGGUCUCGCAAGUGGCAUGCAGCUGGGGGGAGCGCCACCUGUCCGCUGAUCAGCCAUGAAUACCUGGUCAGGGCUCAAGACCCGCAAGGGCGGAGACACCCCAAGUGAGACAGCUGUCCGCCCACCAGACCCAGCAGCAAACACCACCAGUUUGGAUCCAGCAGACUCCGCCGGCCCGUACCCCCACACAGGAGCUGGCGCCCCCUUCCCGUCCGUAACCCACGAGCUAACCCAUGAGGGUCACGCACAUCAAAAGAGCCCGCAUCACUCGCCAGAGGCCUCCAAGUCCAUGGAGGUGAUUGACCGCUUUGGGCGGCUGAUCCAAGACUGGGCAAAGCCAAGCCAAGCUACCCCCCCAUUCCAUGGAAACCCGCCAAACCCCUCGUCCCCAUCUGUCGCACGCAUAAUCGGCCAGCCGUCUGCUUUGCUCCGCCCCCCCUCGACGGGUGGAUCCGCCUUCUCUCCUGUAACCACGUCGAUCCAGGUUGAGUUGUGGCAGCCACAGCAGCGCGAAAGGGGGGAGGAGGGAAAGUGGCCGGUGCGCCUCUUCCCAAGAAUCCCAACGCCCAAUGCAGGUGCACCGAAUGCAGCACAAGAGGGUGUGUCCUCCCCUCCUCCUAGCACAACCACUCUCACCGGUGCCCCUGCAGAGCCUUCGCCAACGACAUUGCCCCCCGCCUUCGGGGGCGCCAUAUCAGCUCCGCAGCACUUUGAUUACCGGCUGCCUUUCUCAGGGGCUGCUCCCGAGCGGAGGCUCCAAAUCCCCCCUGGACUUGAGAUCGCGCGCGUGAUUGACGCCAGGAGCGGCUCGCAGGCCCCGGCUUUGGAGCCCAGUUACUACGACUUUCUGCAGCUGGAAGGACGCCAGACAGCAGCCGCACAAGAGGACACUGAAUCUGACGCUCCCAGUGCGGGUCACAUUGGGCUGGAACUGCACCAUCUCCCUUCCUCCGGCGACCCAGUCACCUCCCUCCCUUUGUUCCACCACAAGCAAGCUGGUCUGUACAGGGGGGGGUUCAAGGUGCCCACGCUGAUCCCCCCCUUAGCGGACCCAGAGUUCCGGGACCUCAGUCCAAACCAGCCAGACACUCCCACCAAUCUGGGCGUCCCAACAGCGAAGGACCCGGACGCAUGGGAGGAGAGGCCCGUGCAAGAAAACAAAGCUGCUGGGGGCAUUCAGGGGGAGACAGCUGGCAAGGGUGUGCGAGGGGUUUAUGAUAAGAAGACGGGGCUUUUCCAACACAUGAAAGGCGGGUUCAGGGCGUUUUCGGGCGGCCUGGGAUAUUUGGACGCUGAGGGGCCGCCACGUGGCGGGCCAGGACUGGUGGCCCACAGAACCUGGAGUGCCGUGCCAGUUACCUCGCCCCCCGGGUCUCCCCCCCGUGCACUCAGCGACUCGGGGCUUAAGAGAGCCUGGGAAGCGUCACAUGCUGCUGAGCGCCUGGGGAAACGCCCGAGGUUGACCUUGGAACAACUGGAGCCCAGACAGACCGAUGUAGACCGCAACGAGCCUGAGGGAAAUGAAGCGGUUGUCCGAAACCGCGAUCCUCAGGACAAUGACCCGUUCAAGGAAGCGUCCAAACCCCUGUCCGGGUCCGGAUUAGCCGUCGAAUCGGCGGACGGAAUGGGCCGCCAGCUGGCGAAUGCGCAGCGCCAGCUGUCCGAUGCCCGCAGCCAACUGUCGGACGCCCAGCGGCAGGCUUCGGACGCUCGGCAACAGCUGGUGGACGCACAGGCGUCGUGGGAAACGGACCGCCGGCAGUGGCGACAAAAGGAGGCGGCCUGGGAGGCGUUCCGGACGGCGCGAAUGCAGCCGGGGGGAUCCCCCGUGGCCGGCGGGGGAUCCCCCGCAGUUGCUCGGGCCGGACGGUAUAGCGAGGACGAGAUCGGACGGCUCAUCUCGGAGCGGCUCAUCCGGACGGAGAGCAUGCUGAUUGCGGCGCUGGCGGAGAUCGGACGGCUGAGAGCGUGGAUUGCGGGGAUGCGGGCUGCGCCGCGGGCGGGCGCUCCGGGGGCUCCGCCGGAGGGGAGUGCCUCGGGAGACACUGUGCGGGCUUGAUCCUCUGAUCGCGGCCCGAGAGGAGCCCACGUGAAACACGUGGCGGAGUUAGUGUCGGCGUCAAAGAGCUCCACAUGGCCGUGUUGGGGCAGGUUCGCAGGUCGCAUCAUGUUAGAAAGUGGUUAGCUGCAUCGCAUCGCAUCCGUUUGGGUCUAGGUAGAGCAUAACCCGGGUUUGUGGCACAUGGGCAUGGUGGAAUGGUUGGAGAGCUGGGUGCGGAAUCUGUGCAUUAUGAAAGGUAUUCACGUCAAAGGUACAAACACCGUGUACGUUCUUUCAGCCGGGAGCCAUUCUGCGGUUGGGAAACUUUCGACGGUUUUGACAUUGUGGCCCCACUGGGCUUUGCACAAUAGGGUCAGGAAGAGAUCGCGCGAGCGUGAUGCACUGGGCGAAAGUACGUCUGAGUCUUGGGUUAAAAGCACAUUGGUCAUUAGCAAGUUGAGUUGUAUCGAAAACUUGUGUGCGUUGUGGGAAACCAAUCCGCAUGUGUAUGCUGCGGUCAAAGACACUAAGCAGAAGUGGGAUUUGCAUGCGUCGUUAUGACGUGACGCCACGUCACGCUCGCAGAAGCUUAUGCGAGAUGAGGUCACCAGCUCUGAGGCCUAGCUAGGAGUGGAAAACCAGCUAACAUCUCACGUUCUUGCUGCGAUUUAAUUCGGCAGCUUUCUUUUAUUGACUCAAGCCGUUGUACAAGGUUUUACACUAGCCUAGGCUGGACGUUUUGACACUCGACAAUCUGGUAUAUCAGAAAUUGACGCUCUACCGACAACAGUCUGUAGAUGGUAAUCUCGGAUUCUGCCGCUGUGGCUAGCAUAUCUCAAGCUUUCAUAAUUCUUCGCAAUGCAGCACCAGUUGUUGUAAGCUAGGACCAGCUCGCCGGCAUGUG